AUGAGUGAAACCGAUAAAUUUAAAAAGUGGUUUAAAAUUCUUUUCAAUGCCUUUCACCAAGAGGAAACAGUAAUAGAAUUUUCGCAUGAUUCUGACCCACCAAAAGAAUUUUUUGAUCUUUUUUCCCCUAUUAAAUCUAUUAAAUCUAUCAAAUGUUAUACAACCGAAAAUGAUCACAAUGAACAAUGGCAGACUUUUAACAAUCACAAAAAUCAGUUUGACCCUCAAAAAAAAUUGGAAUGGGCGCUUCAAAAACAUGGCGUAAAUGAUUUUAUCCUUACUAAUGGCAAAGGUAUAUUUGUCAUUGUAGAAACAAAAAGGGUAGAUGCCGAAUUAAGAGAAUUAAGAAAAAAAUACAAAAAAUCAGAUGUCAUUGCACAAGCAAAACAUUAUAAACAAGCUUUCAUUGAUCAAAAACUACGCGAGCCUGAUGUCAUUGCAAUUGUUGCACUAGGAAUCACUGAUGAAAGUUCAAAAAUGAUAGAUUGGGCUGGACGAUAUGAUAAAGACGUUUUCAUGGCCUUUAACACAGAAUAUGGAGAAGGUGAAUUCCCAGAUCCCGAAAAUGGAUUUUUUCAUCAGUCAAUACCUCAGAUAUCAGCGUUAACCAGGAUAACAGCAUUGACCAGGAUGCCAAAAUAUAACAAACAUAAACUUGCUUUAGUUCAAGAAUUGACACCUUUAAUAUUUCUUACAAACAUUUCAAUGGAAUUUGAAACAAGAAUAUAA